AUGAUUUCGUCGUGGGUGGCUGUUCUACUAUUUUCCUAUGCUGGUGCUGCAUUAGCUCAAUUUUACGGGUCUCUAGGAGGAUAUGCAUGUUCUCAGCCAACCUUGUAUAUGCAGUGCCAAUGCCCUUCGUUCUGCAACUCUUAUGGUAGUGCCCCUGGUGGCUACAGUACUAUGUAUGGUAGUGGAUAUGGUGAUAGAUAUGGUGGCGGAUACGGUGAUUCGCUUCCUAGACGUCACAAGAAACGAAGACAUCAUAAGAAGAAGAAGUUCCGUUUUGAAACUGCUGAGGAGCCAGAAGAGGAACUACCCGAGCCUCCAUCAGAGCUAGAGGAGAGACGCCCGUCCCCAUCGAAGUUAUCGGAAAGGCACCCGCCACCAUCGGAACCAGAGGAAAAGUCUGGCAACUCUAAACAUUCUUGGGAAAAUAAGGACGAAUGGGAGAAGAAAUUUGUCAGCCAAAAAUCAAAGAAUAAGGAACCUGUAUUCGGUUCCGACGAGUUGCCAGAGAUAGAUAGUGAGGAGAUAACAUCUGCAAAAGGUCGCGCGGAUACUUCCGCUCUAUCUCCAGCUGCCAAUGCCCGUGAUAGAGUAAGUCCGGCAGGAGAAUCUGGUGGUGUUGGAGUUCCAUCCAGUGUGGAUAACACUGGUGGCGGCGGACCUGUAGCGAGUGGAUCGUCAAGGUUAGGUGGAGGAGGACUCGGAUCUUCCGGGUUUGGUGGAGGCAGCGGGUCCUCGGGAUUCGGUAGUGGCAGUGGAUCGUCCGGAUUAGGUGGCUUGGGUUUAGGUAACGGCGGUCUCUUUGGCAUCUCAUCAGGGAUAGGUGUCGGCGUACCAGGAGUUGGACCUAUAGGUGUUAGUAGUGGAUUAGGAAUAGGACGGUGA